AUGACCAUCCCGGAAGACAUCGUAUCAAAACCGGCCAGUGAGAGCCAUGGUCCGGCGCCGGUGCCUCCAAAGGCAGAUACGCAAUCUCACGAGGGCAGCGCCGAUGCCGCUGCCCUCGAGACCGAUCUGCUCAUCAUUGGCGCAGGCCCCGCCGGGGCUUCGCUGGCUUGUUUCCUCGCAUCAUACGGACUCAAGGGAAUCAUGAUCAGCGCAAGUCCCGGCACCGCAGAUACCCCGCGGGCUCAUAUCACAAACAUGGCGGCUCUGGAGUGUCUCCGAGAUAUCGGCUUGGAUAGAGAACUUCAAGCGAUUGCGACGCAAGGUCACUGCAUGCAACAUACUCGUUGGUGUUAUAGUAUGGCGGGUGAGGAGUUUGCGCGUAUCCCUUCCUGGGGAAGCGAUGCCAGAAGAAAGGGCGACUACGAGCUCGCGAGUCCCUGCGACCCCGUCGACAUACCCCAAACCGCAUUAGAACCAAUCUUGGUCCGGUACGCAGCACACCACGGCUUCAUCGUGAGAUUCAACACCAAGCUCGUGACCUGGAGCAAGGAAUCUUCUCCCGAAGGAAGGUACCUAGCCACCGUCUGGGACAUGGUUUCCAAAACCCACUACUCCAUCCGGACAAAAUACAUCUUUGGCGCAGACGGCGCUCGAAGUCUCGUCGCAAAGACACUCGAACUACCCCUGGUAGCAAAACCUGGCGGCGGCCUGGCAAUCAACGUCCUGGUCAAAGCCGACCUCUCUCAUCUGAUGGACCACCGGAAGGGUAACCUGCACUGGUUGAUGCAGCCUGGCAUCGAACAUCCAAGUUUCGGCUGGAUGGGUAUCGCGAGGAUGGUGAAGCCGUGGUUCGAGUGGAUGUUCAUCCUCUUCCCGACCAAGGACUUUGAUGCGUCGGUUGAGGUCUCUGAAGAAGCGUACAAACAACGAGUUAAAGAGUUCAUCGGCGACGAUACCAAAGUCGAUAUUCUCUCUGUCUCGAAGUGGUUCGUCAACGAUAUUGUUGCCGAAAGAUACUCAGAAGGGAACAUAUUCUGCCUCGGCGACGCAGUCCACCGCCACCCCCCAAUGAAUGGCCUUGGCUCAAACACCUGCAUCCAAGAUGCCUUCAACCUAGCCUGGAAAAUUGCCCACGUCGAAAAGGGCCGCGCCGGCACCACCCUCCUCUACACCUACAGCGUCGAGCGGCAGCCCGUAGGCCUCGGGAUCGUGGCUCGCGCCAACGAAGCCUUUCGAGACCACUAUGCCGUGUGGCAGUCCCUGGGCAUGCUGGAGAAGACGGCGGAAGAACGCAGCGCAGUGUUUGAGCAGCUCUCGCACACGACGAUACAGGGGCGAGAGAAGCGCCGCGCGUUCCGCGAGGCUAUUGGCCGGACGGCGCACGAGUUUCAUGGGCUUGGCGUUGAGAUGAACCAGCUUUAUUCCGGGCCGGCGAUCUAUGCUAGAGAUGAAGAUGGGCCGUAUGUGCCAUCAAAGCAGGAGGCUGAGGAUCCUGUUGCGUAUUACGGUCCUGACACGUAUCCUGGCCGCCGGCUACCUCAUGUCUGGCUGAAUAGGGCGGUGCCGAAGGAGCCUGUUUCGACUAUUGACCUGGCUGGCAAGGGUAGCUUUACCAUGUUUACUGGCCCAGGCGGAAGUCUUUGGCGCGAGGCAGCUGCUGCGGUCUCGUCGGAGCUGGGCUGCGAGAUCAGGGUCUAUUCCAUUGGUUUCCGCCAAGACUGGGAGGACGUUUAUUAUGAAUGGGAGCGUCUGCGAAAGGUUGGAGAGUCUGGUGUUGUUCUCGUUCGGCCGGAUCGCUUUGUGGCAUGGAGGCAGAACGAGGUAUCUGCGGACUCGGACACGUGUGUUCAGAAGCUUCUGCUGGUGAUGAAGACGGUUCUGCUCCGUGUUAACGAAUGA